GGGAAGACAAUUCAGCUCCGAUUGUUCAAGGGUUAUGGGAAGAUCGUUUAAUUCUUGGAUUACCCAGCUGAGCUUGUAUGAGAUGACAAGACAUAGCACAUGCCAGACAUGGCUGUCCUGUUAAAAAGAGUGACCAGCACACCCCAUGAAGCUCUGUGGGCUAAUUAACACACACUGGCUUGGCAUUACAUGUGAACCAGGUCAGUGUCUAAUUUAGGUUACAAAUGGCUUAUUGCACACAUGCAAAAUUACAUUCUGUUCAUGAUCUUUCUUUCUUUUUUUGUUCUAGGUCUUGAUGAUUGCCUGCAGCAGUAUAUCAAGAAUUUUGAGAGAGAGAAGAUUGGUGGUGACCAGCUACUGCGCAUCACUCACCAAGAACUGGAGGAUCUGGGAGUUACUCGAAUUGGCCAUCAAGAACUUAUCUUGGAAGCAGUUGACCUACUCUGUGCAUUGAACUAUGGAUUGGAAACUGAAAACCUGAAAACACUUUCUCACAAGCUAAAUGCAUCUGCCAAAAAUCUUCAGAACUUUAUCACAGGAAGGAGGAGGAGUGGUCACUACGAUGGUAGAACAAGCAGAAAAUUACCGAAUGAUUUCCUUACCUCAGUGGUGGAUCUGAUUGGAGCAGCAAAAAGUCUCCUUGCUUGGCUGGACAGAUCACCUUUUGCUGCUGUGACAGAUUAUUCUGUAACAAGAAAUAAUGUCAUACAGCUCUGUCUUGAAUUAACAACAAUUGUACAGCAG